AUGGACUAUACCACAAUCCCGAAUUCGAUUCCAAUGGCCGAGAAUUAUAACGAAAUGCGUCAGCCGCCUGUUAUUACUGAGCAACAAUUUGAAGACCCGACAAUGAGUGUUCCCCCACCUGUUGCUGAGUCUGUCUGUGAACAAAGUUGCCCGACACGCAUUGACAUGGGACAACAAGAACAACCCGUGAUGCCAAUACACCCACCAAAAGCUUCUAAGUGUGUUUUAGUCUUCCAAAAAAUUGCGAUUGGGGUGUUCUUCAUUGUCUUCUUCUUUGUUCUUUUUGUUAUUUGUUUCAACGCCUUUUCUUUGCUCGCUUUGUGA